AUGGCAACCUUCCAAAUCCACUACUUCUCCACCGCCUCCUCCUACACCAACAAAAACACCGAGUCUCUCCCCGCGCCCCUCCCGGUGAACUACCUCUUCGAUACCCUCGAGUCGCGAUACCCGGGCAUCCGCGAAAAGGUCCUGCAGAGCUGUGGUGUGAGUGUUGGCGAUGAAUAUGUGGAUAUUGAUACAGAGGGAAAUAAAGAAGGAGAAGGAAGGGUGAUUCAGCCAGGUGACGAGGUUGCGAUUAUUCCCCCGGUCAGUUCAGGGUGA